AUGCCAAACGUGGAUUCGACCCUGGAACCCGAAGUGCACAAGAUUGUCUAUACUCCAGGUGGCCGUGCUAUGGACGGGUUUCGAAAGACGCGCUCAGGUGCGGCCUUCUCGCCAUGGGAGACCGAUUUUGGUACUCCUAUCCACGCGCCACUCGACUUUGAGCUGGAGACCCGCAUCAAGGAGGCGGUCAUCGCUGCAGACGCUAAGUACGAAGCCGCCACUGCGGAUGAAGAAGGAAGCGAUUUCGAAGGCGCGUCAAUCACAGCCUUGACGGCGGACCGCGCUCCGGGGAACUCGCUGCAGGCGUCCGCGCCUACCGGUGGUACUACGAACAUGCCGCCAAGUCUCACGCUGGCCACACACGCGCACAUGCGCUCGCAGCUCGCGCACACGCCCUCGCUCGCGCCCGCGCCCGCGUCCAUCGCACUCGCUCCCGCGUCCGUCUCACUCACGCCCGUGUCCGCGGCCGCGGCCGCAUCAGGGCCUGCCCUCGUCUCACUCACGCCUGCGUCCGUCUCCCUCGCGCCCGCGCCCGUCUCCCUCGCGCCCGCGCCCGUCUCCCUCGCGCCUGCGUCCGUCUCCCUCGCGCCCGCGUCUGUCUCCCUCGCACCCGUUCUUGCUGCCCCUGCGCCACCGCCUAAUGCUUCCGCAAGCGAGAAGGCUAAGUACCACAACAAGCACAGGUCCAAGGCACGGAGGCGCGAGAAGCGUGCCACCCUCAGCAGCGCGUUAGGCACUCCUGGCAUAGGAAAAUCUUCGGUCAAGGCUGUUGCUGCCAAACGCAGAAGUGCCGCGGUCACCCUCACGGCUGGCAUAGCUCUCGAAAGCGAUGUUGUGCGCACUUUACACCGCGACAACGGCUCGGUCACAGCGAAGGACGCGCUACCCAUCGAAACUCGGUACUCGCUCGCCAUGGAAGAUGUCCCCGUCGCCAAAACCGCCUUCAUUGGUCAGCGUUACGAAGCCACUGAAGCUGAUCGCGCCGAAGUGACAAAGGAGGACCUUCUUGCGCGCAAGUUUCGCUAUAUCCCGUGGGAUGGCCGGGAGUGCCGGCCUAUUCUCGACAAGAACGGCCGCCUGGGUCCCUGGGACACCAUCAACACCGAGCUGCAAGCCAUCUUCGAGACCACACGCGAAGCGUACAGCUUCAACCGUGGACAGCUGGACCACCGCCGCGGGGACUUCCCAGCAGUAACAAGCGGAAUCUCGUUCGGUGGCGGGCAGAAGUACAUCAAGAACAUAUCACAACGGACUUCGCACAACGAGAACGUCGUCUCUGCUCUUCUAGGACAGACUGCGGUACGGCGUGUCGCAAACUUCGGCAAUAGUGCCAUGCGCCUCUUUGCGCCUCGUCUACACGGAUACUACAGUACCACCCUCAACGCACUCUGCGCUAAGCACCCGACACUCAGACCCAACUUCUCCAACAACGUAUUCGGCACCGCGACCUUCAACCUUGGCCCGCGGACGGUCUCCUACGCCCAUGUCGACCAGAAAAACCUACCCUGGGGCUGGUGCACGAUCACAGCGGCGGGAGAGUUCGAUCCCGUUUGCAGCGGUCAUCUCAUCCUUUGGGAUCUCAAGAUGUUCAUCGAAUUCCCACCCGGGGCCACCGUCUUAAUCCCAUCGGCCUUACUGUGUCACUCCAACACGACCAUCGCGCCUCAUGAACGCAGGUACUCGUUCACCCAAUACACCGCUGGAGGUAUUGUACGAUGGAUGGAAUCUGGUUUCCAACCCGAUCUCAAUACCGCCUUAGCCGCGUGGGGCUGCCCGGACGAUCCUCGUACGUUCAUACAGGACCUCGACUGUGGCUUGCAGGGUGCAGAAGACGACGGAGGGUUGCCGGAAUGGAUAGAGCAGACUGAGCAGUGGGUCAUGGAUGGGGAUCAGGUGCUGGAUAGUGUCCAGUCGUUCAUUUCGGACGGAACCAUGGCCUCAUUUGGUGCAGAGGAGCUCGGGCGCAUCUGGGGUGGACUCUCGGCAGCUGUCUUCAAGAUGCAGUACGUCAUGGCCGCAGUCGAGAGAGUGUUCAUGAUCAUUAAUGGGCUACAACGUACAUGA